CCCUCCGUCCCGCCCGCGUCCGCUGCAGAGCCGGAGCCCAGUCCUCCGUCCGCCCGGUGUCCCGCCAUGGCUGCGCGCUUGCUCCUCCGCUCCCUGCGCGUCCUGAGCGCCCGUUCCGCGCCACGCCCGCCGCCCUCCGCCCGAUGUUCUCAUUCUGGAGCAGAGGCUCGUCUGGAAACCCCUUCUGCUAAAAAAUUAACUGAUAUUGGAAUCAGAAGAAUCUUUUCCUCGGAGCACGACAUUUUCCGGGAAAGCGUAAGGAAGUUUUUUCAGGAAGAAGUAAUUCCUCACCAUACAGAAUGGGAGAAGGCUGGAGAAGUGAGCAGAGAGCUCUGGGAGAAAGCUGGCAAGCAAGGCCUGCUCGGCGUCAACAUUGCCGAGAAACAUGGCGGUAUCGGUGGAGAUUUCUUUUCCACCGCAGUUACUUGGGAAGAGCAAGCAUACUCAAAUUGCACAGGCCCUGGUUUCAGCCUUCAUUCAGAUAUUGUCAUGCCCUAUAUUGCAAAUUAUGGCACAAAAGAGCAGAUUGAGCGCUUCAUCCCCCAGAUGACAGCAGGCAAGUGCAUCGGUGCCAUAGCGAUGACAGAGCCUGGAGCCGGAAGUGAUUUACAAGGCGUAAGAACAAAUGCCAAGAAGUCUGGGAGUGAUUGGAUUCUCAAUGGAAGCAAGGUGUUCAUCACUAAUGGCUGGUUAAGUGACCUUGUGAUCGUGGUCGCUGUCACCAAUCGCGAAGCUCGGUCGCCUGCCCACGGUAUUAGCCUUUUCUUGGUGGAGAAUGGAAUGAAAGGAUUUAUCAAGGGCCGGAAACUACACAAAAUGGGAAUGAAAGCUCAGGACACGGCAGAACUAUUUUUUGAAGAUGUCCGAUUGCCAGCUAGUGCCCUCCUUGGGGAAGAGAAUAAAGGCUUCUACUACCUCAUGCAAGAGCUCCCACAGGAAAGGCUGUUAAUUGCAGAUUUGGCCAUUUCUGCCUGUGAGUUCAUGUUUGAAGAAACCAGGAACUAUGUUAAGCAAAGGAAAGCUUUUGGGAAAACAGUUGCACACAUACAGACGGUGCAGCAUAAACUAGCAGAAUUAAAGACACACAUAUGUGUAACCAGAGCAUUUGUGGACAGCUGUCUGCAGUUGCAUGAAGCAAAACGUCUGGAUUCUGCCACAGCUUCCAUGGCGAAAUAUUGGGCAUCUGAAUUGCAAAACAGUGUCGCUUAUGACUGUGUCCAACUCCAUGGAGGCUGGGGAUACAUGUGGGAGUACCCAAUUGCAAAGGCUUAUGUGGAUGCUCGGGUUCAGCCAAUCUACGGUGGUACCAACGAAAUAAUGAAAGAGCUGAUCGCAAGACAGAUCGUCAGUGACAGCUAGACAUCUGUUUACACUCUGGAAUCCUAUUAUAUACAGCUAAUCUGGAUUCAAAUCUACUUGAGAUAAAAUGUAACCUGGAAAGGGGGGAAAUAGUAAAGCUGUUUUUAUGUAUGAUUGUUACAGAGGAAGAAAUAAAAUAUAAAGAGUAA